AAUAGGGGCUGGCAAUGUCUAUGGUCGUCCUUAUGAACAACUGUAAACUUUCACGGAGUGAAAACCUCUUGCUUUUGGUCUACUCGUUCUCUCUCUCUAUUUUAAUGGUGAACAUACAGUAAUGCAACAUUAAAAUGUUAUGUAUGUUUAAUUAAACAUAUUUGUUGUCAUUAAUCGUUGCUCUGGACGGAUCUGUGGGAUUGAAGAUGGAGUACACAGCAGAAACAGAUCUAGAGCCUUUAAAGCUGAAAUCUCUAAAAACCGACACGACGUUUAUAAUUCCUCACACUGAACGGUUGGGGAAAUGCAGGAAUGUAAAGGAGUUUGAGAAGAUGAAUCGAAUUGGAGAAGGAACAUAUGGAAUAGUGUAUCGAGCACGGGACACAAGGACAAAUGAAAUUGUUGCACUGAAGAAAGUGCGAAUGGAUAAAGAGAAGGAUGGGAUUCCCAUCAGUAGUUUGAGGGAAAUUAACCUUCUGCUGCGAUUGAGACACCCAAACAUUGUAGAGCUGAAGGAGGUGGUGGUGGGAAGCCAUUUGGAGAGCCUUUUUCUGGUGAUGAGUUACUGUGAGCAGGACCUGGCUAGUCUGCUGGAGAACAUGCAGUCACCAUUCUCUGAAGCUCAGGUGAAGUGUAUAGUUCUGCAGCUGCUUAAAGGACUGGCAUAUUUACAUCACAACUUCAUUCUUCACAGGGAUUUGAAGGUUUCCAAUCUACUGAUGACAGACAAGGGCUGUGUUAAGAUAGCUGACUUUGGUCUGGCGCGCGUUUAUGGUGUCCCAAAACAGCCCAUGACUCCUCGAGUAGUGACACUGUGGUAUCGAGCUCCAGAACUCCUCCUAGGGACCAAGACACAGACCGCUGCCCUGGACAUGUGGGCUGUUGGCUGCAUCUUUGCUGAACUUCUGGCUCAUAAACCUCUUCUGGCUGGAGCCUCAGAGAUCCAGCAGCUAGACCUGAUCAUACAGCUCCUGGGAACACCGAAUGAAAACAUCUGGCCGGGAUUCUUGCGUCUGCCAUUGGUCGGGCAAUACAGUCUGAGGAAGCAGCCCUACAACAACUUAAAGAACAAGUUCACCUGGUUAUCAGAAGCUGGUCUGAGACUGCUCAACCUUCUGUUCAUGUUCAACCCACAGCGCAGAGCCACAGCUACAGAAUGUUUAGAAAGUUCUUACUUUAAGGAAAAACCCUUGCCCUGUGAACCAGAACUCAUGCCCACAUUUCCUCACCACCGAAACAAACGCGCUGGUCCUGCAGCUCAAAGCCAGUCCAAACGAAGCAAAAUAUGAGACUGUUCUGCUGCCUCAGUCACCAAAGUCAUCACACAUGUGUUCUUGUACUGUAAGAUAUUGUACAAAUUACUCUUGAACCCUACUGACAUUAGAUAAUAUUGUAAAUAAAUAGACCUAAAAAUUGUGUGAAUGCUGCUUAUGAUGGCUGUAGUUGAAGUGUGUACACAUGUUUAUACAGAUGAAGAUAAAACCUUUGUUGACAUUUUUCUGUUGGUAAUUUCUGCACCACUAGCUCCACUGAACAGCAUGAAUAAUCACUGGGUGAUUUCCAAACAGCAUUCCAUCCUUGGAGGGCAAUUUGGGAAUGGGAUGCCACUCAAAGGGCUGUUCCCAGCUAAAAUAAUAAAAUUAUCUUUUCAUAAAGGGCCCUUCAUUACCUUCAGUUACCAUUUCAAGGGCUCUGUCCCUUGAAGUGAGAAGGGCAUAGGGAUGAUCACUUUUUAAAUUGAAAGUUUUCAAACAGGUUUCUCAAAGACUCUGCCAUUGGUUGUAAAACAGACAGUCCCAUCCCAAAAAUAUUUUUCAAAUAGUUUAGCCAAUGUUAAUGGUUUGUGCUGGUCGGGAGGCUCAAAUAAACACUGUGUUUACACUGUUCAGGGAAAUCAACCUACUGAUUUCUUAAAAGUGCUGUAAGCCAUAUUUUUAUUUUAUGGAAAGGUAUGCAAAAAUCAGUUAUGAAAAAGGUGUCGUGUGAUAUCUCACCUGUCUCUGACCGCACUAGAAUCUAUAAACGGCAAACAAAAAUGUGUCCGCGAGCCACGGUUUCUGAUGCUUUCUUCCUGUCAAUCAUUUUGUGCCUUCUCAAAGUAUUGCAGUUGUAUUAUAGAAGCUAAGGCUGUGUUUUAUUUAACUCGGAAAGUCUCUAAAUAUGCUGUGUAUAUGUUUGCAAAGAAAUAUCAGGCAGAAAUAUUUUAAGUAGACAAAAUCAAGAUGUGAACUUUAGGUUAUAAGUUUGCAGUUCAAAUUUGUAUCUACACUCACUGAGAACUUUAACAUCACUAUGGUCCUAAUAAAGUGCCGAAUUGGUCUUCUGCUGUUGUAGCUCAUUCGCCUCAAGGUUCGAUGUAUUGUGCAUUCUGAGAUUAUAUUCUGCUCACUACAGAGGGGUUAUCUGAGUUACCAUAGCCUUUGUCAGCUUGAACCAGUCUGGCCAUUCUCCGUUGACCUCUCUCAUCAACAUGGCAUUUCCAUCCACUGUACUGCCCCUCACUGGAUGUUUUUGGCACCAUUCUGAUUAAACUUAUU